AUGCGCAAGACGCACAACAUCAUUGCCUCCGAGUACAACGGCGUAAUUCCCCAAGAUCACACCGUUAGAGAGAUCUUUUGUCCUGGUUGGUCAUCCGUGCAGCCAAGUGCUCAAGUAUCACCAACAUCAGAGGAAGAAGAAACAGUCGAAGCUGUUAAGCCGACCAUAUCACGCAUACUUGGCCGAGAACAUGCAGUACUCACGAAGAUCGACUUGAAGAAUGACGAAGUUGAUGCUUCUAGUGCGAAAAUCGUCGCACAGGCACUUGCUAAGCUGGCACUGUGCGGACCGAAGGAUGUGGUCGCAGGCAUUCUAGGCGCCGAUCACGAGGUAGUGAAAAUCAUUGAAGAAGAGAAUGGUCAACAACUGGUUGGCUCAGAGGCCGGGGAGCUUGCAAAAGGGAUGGCCGGACUCGCAUUUGCGUCUCCUGCGAAGAUGACGAACGCUGAGAAACAGCAGCUCGUGGACCAUACAGCGACCAAGCAAGUUGGCUGA